UCCAGUUUCCCGGCGUGCUCCGGGCCCGCCAAAUGGGAGGGGGAGACGCAAGAUGGCGGCAGCCGCGAACUCCGGCUCCAGCCUCCCGCUGUUCGACUGCCCGACCUGGGCAGGUAAGCCCCCACCUGGUUUACAUCUGGAUGUGGUCAAAGGAGAUAAACUAAUUGAGAAACUGAUUAUUGAUGAGAAGAAAUAUUACUUAUUUGGGAGAAACCCUGAUUUGUGUGACUUUACCAUUGACCAUCAGUCUUGCUCUCGGGUCCAUGCUGCACUGGUCUACCACAAGCAUCUGAAGAGAGUUUUCCUGAUAGAUCUCAAUAGUACACACGGCACUUUCUUAGGUCACAUUCGGUUGGAACCUCACAAGCCUCAGCAAAUUCCCAUCGAUUCCACAGUCUCAUUUGGCGCCUCCACAAGGGCAUACACUCUGCGUGAGAAGCCUCAGACAUUGCCGUCGGCCGUGAAAGGAGAUGAGAAGAUGGGUGGAGAGGAUGACGAGCUCAAGGGCUUGCUGGGGCUUCCAGAGGAGGAAACCGAGCUUGAUAACCUGACAGAGUUCAACACUGCCCACAACAAGCGGAUUUCAACCCUCACCAUUGAGGAGGGAAAUCUGGACAUUCAGAGACCAAAGAGGAAGAGGAAGAACUCCCGAGUGACUUUCAGUGAGGAUGAUGAGAUCAUCAACCCAGAGGAUGUGGAUCCCUCAGUUGGUCGCUUCCGGAACAUGGUGCAAACAGCGGUGGUCCCAGUCAAGAAGAAGCGCGUGGAUGGCCCUGGCUCGCUGGGCCUGGAGGAGUCAGGGAGCAGACGCAUGCAGAACUUUGCCUUCAGCGGUGGACUCUACGGGGGCCUGCCCCCCACACACAGUGAAGCAGGCUCCCAGCCACAUGGCAUCCACGGGACAGCACUCAUUGGGGGCUUGCCCAUGCCCUACCCGAACCUCGCCCCUGAUGUGGACUUGACUCCCGUCGUGCCGUCAGCAGUGAACAUGAACCCUGCACCAAACCCUGUGGUCUAUAACCCUGAAGCUGUAAAUGAACCCAAGAAGAAGAAAUAUGCAAAAGAGGCUUGGCCGGGCAAGAAGCCCACACCUUCCUUACUGAUUUGAUAUUUUUGGUCAUGGAAAAGGGUGGGGCUGGGUGGGAACGGGGUGGAAGGGUGUUGGGGAGCUAAUGAACUAGGGAGAAAACUUUCCAUGUGUGCAGUAUCGUCUUUCAGAAUGUCUCCUGGGGUCCUAACCAUGUAAAUUAAAAGUAGGGGUGGGGGAAAUGUCCCCUAAAGACCUGUCUUUGGAACCUGGCGUAGAGAGAGUUUCCUGUGUCCUUUCACAGGCAGCCCUGGCCCUGGCUCUUGCCCAGGCCUUCGUUGCCUCCUCCUCCCUCUCUUUUCUUUCUAGGAUCAUUUUUAUGUGAAGUCACAUACCCCGGGGAGGCUCCAGGCUCUCAGGUUGACUCCAGGAGCCCCCAGCCCUGGGGGUCCAGCAGCCUAGUUAGUAUUUACUAUCCUUACGAGUCCCAGGAAGCGGAAGGGUUGCUCUGGAUCCCGGGUCCGUCAGCCAGAGAGUUGAGAGCUGUUCAGCUGAGCUAGGGUUGCAACUCCAAAAUGUUUCCUGGGUCAGCGGUUCUGAGGUCCAAUGGGCUUUUCUCCUUUAUGCUUUCUGUUAGAUGGAGACAUGCUGCCUUUCCUUCAUCCGUGCUUGGUGCCAUUGACGCUGGUUUAUAGUUUUACUGUGCAGUAUUGUUUGAACUUUAUCUGUUUCCUUGUCAAAUCUGAGCACUCCACUGAAUUCCUGAGUACUGCCCUCUUGCCUCUGCAGGUGUGCCACGAAGGCGAUUUCUAUAGGAUACGACCAGUUAGGGCGACUCAGACUGCAAAGGAGAAGGUUUCACUGGGCAGUCGCUGUUGUAGCUGUUGGUUUGCAGGCUCCCUCCCCCCGCCCCCCCAGAUUGAGAGCUCUCGUUCUUCAGAGCUCCAAGGCUAGACCUGGCUAACAAACAUAGGAGACAGAGGUAGGAAACGUCGAGAUGAGCUUUGUACAGAGAUUUGUACAUUUGUGUAAUAGGCCUUUUCACGCUUUAUGUGUAGCUUUUUACCUGUAACCUUUAUUACAUUGUAAAUUAAACGUAACUUUUGUCACUUGGGUGCAGUCUGUAACUCUGCCACGGCGCUGAUUCCCACUGCCAUCAGGGAGCGUUGUGAAAGGCUCGGCUCGGGGCUGGGAGGCGAUGCUCUGUCCCCGUUUCAUUACUGCA